CGCCGCUCAUCUGGCGCAUGCGGGCUAACUCCGGAUCAGGAUUCAGAUCAGUUAACUGUCACAGAAGAUCCCAGGUCCUGCCGUUCUUCGCCAAAAAUAAUCCCGCAUUUGCCUUCCUUUUGAAAAUGUCGACGGGAGUGCUGGUUUCAGCAGCUUUCUUGCCUUCAUAGAACAGUAGCUGCUAACUGUUAAACCUCCACCGAGACUCCACCCUGUCUGGAAUGCAGCAAGGUGCGUGCACAUUACAGAUGCAGGAUGCGGUGUUGUCCCGGCUCUGUGCUCCACCUGCUGUGCUGUGUGCGGUCACGGUCAUGUACCAGGAGAGGAAGGAACAGGCUGCCUCUGUGGAUUAGGGAAAUAUGGGCUUACAUGAGGCUGCUGGGGCAGUCACUUUACUUUAACUCCCUCACUGACUCAGAUGUGGUUUUCGACUCAGUCUUUGAACCAGUGUUUUUGAUUGUGGAUUAUGUCACCCGCUGGUUUGGCAUGGUGUUUGUUUGUCUGGUGGUGAUACUGACCAGUUCCAUUGUGGUGAUCGCCUAUGUGGUCCUACUGCCUCUGGUCCUCAACACGUACUCACCCGCAUGGAUUGCUUGGCACGUUUGUUAUGGACAUUGGAACCUCAUCAUGAUUGCUUUCCAUUACUACAAAGCCGCCAAGACCUCCCCCGGGUGUCCCCCAACAGAAAAAAAUGACACUCCAUUUGUAUCAGUGUGCAAAAAAUGCAUCAUGCCUAAACCAGCAAGGACACACCACUGUGGUAUCUGUAACGGGUGCAUUCUGAAAAUGGACCAUCAUUGUCCAUGGUUGAAUAACUGCGUGGGUCAUUUUAACCAUCGUUACUUCUUCUCCUUCUGUCUCUUCAUGACCUUGGGUUGUGUCUACUGUAGCAUCAGUGGCAGAAACCUGUUCCUAGAUGCAUACAAUGCUCUUGAGCGCUUUAAGCAUUUGGAUAUGGAAAAGCCAGGGGUACCAGUAACAGGGAUGGGACUUCUUAUAGGACUUCUUCCCCCUGGCCAGACCAACUAUCAGACACCUGCACCACCGUACACCUUUAAAGAUAAGAUGAUUCAUAAGAGCAUCAUCUACAUGUGGGUGCUUACCAGCACGGUGGGAGUGGCCCUGGGAGCUCUGACCAUUUGGCAUGCAGUUCUCAUAUCCAGAGGAGAGACCAGCAUAGAAAGACACAUUAACAACAAGGAAACAAAGCGAAUGGCAAAAUGGGGAAAGGUAUACAGAAACCCUUUCAACUAUGGCAGGCUGAAUAACUGGAAAAUCUUCUUUGGCGUGGAGAAAAGAAGUCACUGGGUCACACGUGUCCUCCUUCCCUCUGGACACGCCCCACAUGGUGAUGGGUUGACAUGGGACGUCUUACCAGUUAAGAAGGACUUGAUACCUGUAUGACAGACUCUACAUAGGCAUACUUGCAGCCUACUUUCGGAUGUCUUUUCUGUGUCCAACCCCCUCUGGUCAUUUGAUGUUGUUGGUUUAAAGGAUCCUUUCAUGGUGGCUCCCUACAACUGGAGAAAUGGGGUCAUGUUAACCUCCAAUACCUCAGAACCUUGCUGUGGCAUUGCUCAUGGUUUCACAGCCUACAUUCUUCAGCAGUGAAAAUGAAAUGUGUCAUGGAUGGGUUGUUUUCAACUGGGUUUUACUCAAAAACUGGUCAUACUUGACUAUGAGCAUUGUGCUAAUGAUGGGUUUGAUAUUUUUACAAGCCGCAUGUACUGACUCACAUAUCAUUGGACUGAAGUACCUAUAAAAUAAUUUAUAUAUUUUUUUUAAAAACUGUCUGUUUGUUCUGCCCAAACUGAUAUUUAUUACAAAACUAAAACCAACCAAAAAACCCCACAAAGAUUUUGGACAAAAUGGUUCACUCAGCACCUCCACCUCCCUAGACCAUUUGCACACUCCAGUCCAGUAUUAUCAUUUGAUUUGAACAUUCAAGGAAAGCUGCAGUACCAUGAUAAUGUGUUAUUUAUCUCUAUUUUG